AGAAUCAUGCGAAUAAAUGAAGACACAGUGCUGAGAGGCCAGCGAGUGCUGCUGGUGCCUUAUGAACCUCAUCAUGUGCCCAGGUAUUUUUGAAACUCAAAUAAGAAAUUUAAUUACACAACAUUAGAGUUGAACAGUUGCAGCAUGAAGAUUGUUAAAGGAAUACUUCCAACACCAUAUCCACUGCAACAUGUUGUAGUGGUUAUGGUGCCAGUAGUGCCCUGGCCUUGUAAUUGGUGUUAAAUGCCACCUAUUUAGAAUCUUGUAAUUGGUUUCCAUUAUAAUUAAGGCAAUGGAUUGAUGAGUUUGCGGUUUGUAAUGCAGCAUACCACUCUGUGAUAAUUUUUUUUUUUGAGAUCUCUAGUCCACCUAUCUUUUGCCUUGGGGAUAGUGAUACCCUUAAUAGCUUGUAUUAUAACUAUACAUUUCAAAAGUGAUUUUGUAUCCUUUCCAAGUUCAAUAAUAUUGCUUAAUUUGUCCACUAUUUCAUUAAAAAUGUUUCUAUAUAAUGAGGUCUUUAAACUUUUAAAUCUAAUAUUUAAAUAUCUCCUGCUGUGGAAUAUUAUACAAUUUCUGAAAAUUUUGAAAGGUUUUUAAGCUUGAUUGAUUCCAGAGUGACAAAUCCAAAUUUUCUAACAUAUUCAUCAAGUGUGUAAGCAGAAGAGAGGGCAAUAUUUUAUUAUCUAGACUUACAUCUCUUUUAAAAAGAUUACAAAAGUUAAAGAGAUUUUGCAAUAUUAUAUUUCCUACCUCGUUCAGGCAAUUUUUCUUCAAACAUUUAACUGGCCAAAGAUAAUUUAUCAAGUUGAAAGGGGAUUUAAAGGACCACUAUAGUGCCAGGAAAACAUACUCGUUUUCCUGGCACUAUAGUGCCCUGAGGGUGCCCCCACCCUCAGGGACCCCCUCCCGCCCGGCUCUGGAAAGGGGAAAGGGGUUAAAACUUACCUUUUUCCAGCGCUGGGCGGGGAGCUCUCCUCUUCCGAUCCUCCUCCUGGGCUGAAUGCGCACGCGCGGCAAGAGCUGCACGCGCAUUCAGCCCGUCGCAUAGGAAAUCAUUUACAAUGCUUUCCUAUGGACGCUUGCGUGCUCUCACUGUGAAAAUCACAGUGAGAAGCACGCAAGCGCCUCUAGUGGCUGUCAAUGAGACAGCCACUAGAGGAUUAUGGGGAAGGCUUAACCCAUUAAUAAACAUAGCAGUUUCUCUGAAACUGCUAUGUUUAUAAAAAAAAUGGGUUAACCCUAGAAGGACCUGGCACCCAGACCACUUCAUUAAGCUGAAGUGGUCUGGGUGCCUAGAGUGGUCCUUUAAUACUAUGUGCUUCCAUCUCAUACCAUCUUUGGGAUUUGUAGUUGUCAAGGUGCAUAAGUACUAACUGCAUUAACAAGCCGGCUCUAUAGUAUAGAUCGAUGUUUACAAAGCCAAUCCCUCCCUGUUUCUGGUGUAGUAAAUUAGCACUUAUCCUAGGACUUUUAUUUAGCCAAAUAUAUUUUGAGAAGGCUGUGUGUACCAUCUUUAGCCAAGGUGUGGGCACUUUUAGGGGAACCAUUCUGAAAAGAUAUAUAAAUUUCGGCACCACAUGAGAUUUUAAGGUGUUAACUCUUCCCCACCAGGAGAUCUCCAUAUUCUUCCAUAUUUUUAAAAGGUGGUUAGUUUCUCUUAGCAGAGAUAAAAAAAUUUUUUACUUGCAUUAGUUCAUUAGGGUUUGCUAUUAUGUUGAUACCUAAAUAUCUAUAUUUUUUCUUUACCCAUUUAAAGCAAAAAUUACUAUCAAGAUAUUUUAUUUCUUGUUUGUCCAUAUAAAAUGGCAUAGCUGUUGUUUUCUCCACAUUUAAUUUAUAGUUUGACAAAAGACUGUAGUUCUGUAUUACUGUCAUGACAUUGUUAACUGAAGAAGACAGGUUGGCCAUCAAAAGGAGUGUGUCAUCUGCAUGUUGGAAUAUUAUAAUUUCUGUUUCUUUUAACUUAAAGCCCUGUAUAUUUGGAUUUGUCCUUAUAUCCAUGGCCAAAGGUUCUGGGGCAAUUACAUAAAGCAGCGGAGAAAGAGGGCAUCCCUGAUGGGUUCCAUUGGUAAUUUCAAACCAGUAUAAGAGAAGAAUACAUUGCUGAAAUAGCUGAUAGAAUUUUCCGCGAAAAUCCAAAAGCCUUUAGUGUGUAUUUAAUAAAGUUCCAAUUGACCCUAUCAAAGACUUUUUCUCCAUCUAAAGCCAAGCCUAGAAAAGGAACUUUAGAUGCAUGAAUUCUUUGAUAUAUAUUUAGAAUUUUUCUAAUAUGAUUGGUAGAAGAUCUGACAGGGAUGAAUCCUACUUGGUCAGGAGAAAAGUGUUGUAAUAACUUUUUUAAUUCUACCAGCUAAUAUAGUUACAUAUAUUUUGUAAUCAAUAUUGAGUAAUGCUAAUGGACGAUAAUUUACUAAUUACGUUGGGAUUUUAUCUUGUUUAAGGACAGGAAACAAAUUUGCGUUCAGCAUUUCUUUUGGCAUAGAUCCUUUCAUCAUUAAAAAAGUUAUACAUUUCCGCUAAAUGCAGACUUAAUUGAUCUUUAUAUAAUCUAUAAAAUAAGUCGAUAUAUCCAUCAGGUCCGGGAGAUUUCUUUCUUUUAAGAUUAUUAAUAAUAGCACUUACUUCUUCUGAUGUUAUAGGUUCAUUAGGUUGUGUUAAUUGUUGUUGAUUUAAAGACAGAAACUAUUUAUUUUGAAAAUAGGCUUCUAAUUGAAUAUGAGAGGUAUGAUCUGGCAAAUUAUACAGUUCCAAUUUCUUUUGUUGCUAGAAGAAUCUGUUGUCCUAUAAUUAUCUUAUUUAUAUUAUUUUCUGCGCGUCUAGCUUUAAUUUUGUUGGUUAGUAGUUUAUCUGCCUUAUUGCCUCUAUAGUAAAAAUUUGAUUUUAGAAUGUCUAAAUUUUUAUUGGCUCUAGUUAUUAAUUGUUUGUUAAUUUUAGAUUUGACUUCUGUUAUCUGUAAUCUCUUUUGAAGGUGUAGAUUUAUUUUCAUUACUAUAUUGAGCUAAUUUAACAUAUAGUUGUGAGAGGCUCCUGUGUGUAUUAUCUAUGCAGCUUUCUCUACCCUCUGGCUCUCCAGAUGUUGUUGAACUAGAACUACAACUCCUAUGAUUCUCUGGCUAUCUAUUUAAUUCAAAGAAUCAUGAGAGUUCUAGUUCAGCAACAUCUGGAGGGCCAGAGUUUGGAGAAGCCCGUAUUAAAGGAUUAAAGUUCUCUCUUUCAUUGAUAGCUUGUUGUCAAGUCUAAGAAGAUACAAAAAAUAUAAUAACUUCCUUUAACAUUUUAAGCUAUGCAGCUUUUGGCAAGAGAGGAAAUGUUCUGUUUUUUAAACAUGUUCUGUCUGUAGAUACCAUGAAUGGAUGAAAUCAGAGGAACUGCAGAAAUUGACGGCUUCGGAGCCUCUCACAUUAGAGCAAGAAUAUAACAUGCAGCGUAGCUGGAGAGAGGACCCAGACAGUGAGUAAAAUAUUUUAUGUACCUCUUUUUUUUUUCUCAUAUGUUGUUUCUCUUUUUUUUUUCAGCAUCACUUCAUUUUUUUUUAUUAAAUCAAAUUUUAUUGAAUUUUCGAGGAUGACAAAGUUGUAAACAGAUAUGGGCAUUGAUCCAUUUCUUUAUAAAUACGUCACUAGGCUCUUUUUGUGACUUAUGACUGGCCAUGCUCUACGGUUUGCAGAGGUUUCUUGAUACUUUAGUCUGAUACUUGCUGCUAUGAGAAUUAAAACUCAGAAAGUCUAGACCUACGUGAUUUUCCUUUUUUUAAUCAUGCUUGUAUGUGCACAGGUACGUGUAGAAAGGGAGUUAGGGCAGCAUCUGUAGGCACUACCCUUGGAGUUGCCAAAAAGUAGGUCUGCUCCUAUGUUACAUUGCCGGCUUUAAAGGGAAACAUUAAACAGCACAACUACUUUAUUUAGUGGUUUCAGUACAUCUUUACUCUGGCAAUGUAAAAACACGCCUCUAGGGAUUGUCAAACUAACAGCCACUAGAGGCACCUUGCCCUUAAAGGACCACUAUAGGCACCCAGGCCACUUCAGCUUAAUGAAGUGGUCUGGGUGCCAGUUCCAGCUAGGGUUAACCCUUUUUUCUAUAAACAUAGCAGUUUCAGAGAAACUGCUAUGUUUAUAAAAGGGUUAAUCCAGCCUCUAGUGGCUGUCUCAUUGACAGCCGCUAGAGGCGCUUGCGUGCUUCUCACUGUGAUUUUCACAGUGAGAAGACGCCUGCAUCCAUAGGAAAGCAUUAUCAAUGCCUUCCUAUGAGACUGGCUGAAUGCGCACGAGGCUCUUGCCGCGCAUGCGCAUUCAGACGAGGAGGAGGAGAGGAGGCGGAGAGGAGGAGAGGUGUCCCCCGCCCGGCGCUGGAGAAAGAGGACCCUGAGGGUGGGGGCACACUCAGGGCACUAUAGUGCCAGGAAAACUAGUAUGUUUUCCUGGCACUAUAGUGGUCCUUUAAGAACUCUUUGAAAUUGUUAUGCACAGCCUGAUGAUGCCAAAGUGUGAAGCCCACAGAACUACAUUUCCCUCAAACAUGGGGAAAGGGACACCCAACAGGCAUCUCUGAUCAUGGGUCUGGUCAAAGCACCUUAACCUUUUCUUAGAGCAGCCAGGCCCCUGUCAGAUUGGCGGUGCUGGGAGGAAUUGCGUUCAGGUCAAAGAACCUAGACCAGUUUCCCAUAAGCCGAAACUAGCAACCAGAUCUGGACCCAAGUGGGUGUAUAUUUUUGUGUGUAUAUGCAUCUGUCAGAAUGUUUGUGUGUAUAUUUUGUGUGCAUGUGCAUCUGUCAGAAUGUGUGUGUGUGUUAUAAUGUGUGUUAUUGUGUAUGUGUAUCUGUGUCAGAAUGUGCGUGUGUAUAUCUGUGUAUCUGUAUCAAAAUCUGUGUCAAUGUGAAUCUGUGUCAGAAGGUGUGUGACAGUGUAUCUAUGUCUUUCAGUAUGUAUGUGUAUCUGUAUCAGUAUGUGUUUGUGCGUCAGUGUAUGUGUAUGUGUAUAUGUACAUAAAUCCCAGCAUUCAAACACCCAACAUUUUUCUCAGAUACAGCCCUGCAGUCAAACGCCUAAACUAGUUACGAACAAAUCACUGCGUUCAAACAUCAACACUACACACUAAUUCUCUAGAUUCCUGAAAAAAAAAUUCUGGAAAAAGUGAAUACCCCUGUUAUGAUCUUGAGCAGGUCAGUUAAGAGACUUUGGCCAGAGUUAAUAUUUGAGGAUUUAUUGGGGAGUUCGGACAUAAAAGAAAAAUUCUUAUAAAUGAAAAAAUAGGGAGAAGGAAAAUAAGAGAAACAAAGGUUUAGGCUAUAUGCCCUAUAUGCAUUAUAAACCGGAUGUAGAAAGAGAAUAAGAGAACCUAUAGAUAAAAGUAUAGGUUGAAUAUAGAGGGUUAAGUAUAAAAGAAUAGAACAGAACGGAACAAGGUUUCAGGAAAGUAGGAAAAUCAGAACUUGUUUAUGGGAGCACUGAUAAUAGCGGAAAAUAACACCUUGUAAUAGGAGUUAGCAGCAAUGUCCAGAUAGGUGUUAUGCAGGUUGGUGUAAAUCAGGAUUGCAGGAUAGUAGCAUAGGUUAGGCUAGUUUGGAGCAGGUUGGUAUAAAGCUGGUUAAUAGGAUAAAGCAGGAUAGAAGCGUAGAUUAGGCUGGCUUGGAGCAAGUUGGUAUAAAGCUGAUAAGUAGGAUGGAGGCGUAGGUUAGGCUGGUUUUGAGCAGAUUGGUAUAAAGCUGGUUGGCAGGAUAAAGCAGGAUAGAGGCGUAGGUUAGGCUGGUUUGGAGCAGGUUGGUAUAAAGCUGGUUUGCAGAAUAAAGCAGGAUAGAAGCGUAGGUUAGGCUGGAUUAGAGGAGGUUGGUAUAAAGCUGGUUGACAGGAUAAAGCAGGAUAGAACCGUAGGUUAGGCUGGAUUGGAGGAGGUUGGUGUAAAGCUGGGUGGCAGGAUAAAGCAUGAUAGAGGUGUAUGUUAGGCUGGUUUAGAGCAGGUUGGUAUAAAGCUGGUUGGCUGAAUAAAGCAGGAUAGAAGCGUAGGUUAGGCUGGAUUGGAGGAGGUUGGUAUAAAGCUGGGUGGCAGGAUAAAGCAUGAUAGAGGCGUAUGUUAGUCUUGUUUGGAGCAGGUUGGUAUAAAGCUGGUUGGCUGAAUAAAGCAGGAUAGAAGCGUAGGUUAGGCUGGAUUGGAGGAGGUUGGUAUAAAGCUGGUUGGCAGGAUAGAGGCGUAGGUUAGGCUGGUUUGGAGCAGGUUGGUAUAAAGCUGGGUGGCAGGAUAAAGCAUGAUAGAGGCGUAUGUUAGGCUUGUUUGGAGCAGGUUGGUAUAAAGCUGGUUGGCUGAAUAAAGCAGGAUUGAAGCGUAGGUUAGGCUGGAUUGGAGGAGGUUGGUAUAAAGCUGGUUGGCAGGAUGGAGGCGUAGGUUAGGCUGGUUUGGAGCAGGUUGGUAUAAAGCUGGUUGGCAGGAUAAAGCAGGAUAGAACCGUAUGUUAGGCUGGUUGGCAGGAUAAAGCAGAAUAGAAGUGUAGGUUCUUAGGUAGGAUUACAGGAGCCAGGAACAGAAGUCUUACAGGAUGAGCAUCAACUUCAUUGUAAAGGCAAUGUGGUGAGUUGGGUGUAGCCUUUUGUAGCUUCUUAAUUAGCCCAGGCAGGAGGAUGAUGAAGGCAAAGCAUAAUCUGUGCAGGAACUUGGUUUUAAAGAAACAGAAUAAACGAAACAAACUUAGAUAGGAUCCUGACAACCCCUGGGAAGGUUGCACUCCUGUGAGUCAGUGACAGGGUCUUUCUUCCUGGACCCAGCAAUAAUGGACAAAUAAAAAACAAAGAUACAUUAUUUUGAUAAUUUUGGGACUAUUGUAAUUUCUCGCUUUUUACUGUGAAGUGAUCAGUGAUUCACAAAGUUACGUCUCAUUAAGUGCUUGCAGUUUAGCUGUGUUCAUAUUGCCAUGGGUACAGAAGAAUAUUCAUUCAUUUUGCUGCCUCCUGUUGAUGUGCUGGCAGUUUGAGAAACUGCUUUUUACCUAACACCACUGGCUAGCAUUAUAUCGGACAAUAAUUACAACAAAAAUAGCAGCUGUGCUCGUAACCUCAAUGUUUAUUUUUAACACAUAUUUGUGUAUCUUCUUUGCAGAAUGUACCUUCAUUAUAUUGGAUGCCCUACAGUGGGAACAGGGUUGCCCUGAGGAGCAAUGCAUGGUGGGAGAUGUUAAUCUGUUUCUCACCGAAUCUGAAAAUCCAGGAUUAGCAGAAAUCGAAAUUAUGAUAGCAGGUAUUUCUGCCAUAUUUUUUUUUCCUCCUUAAUAUUCCCUUCUUUAUUAUUCAUUUAGCAUACCCACAUAUUUGUUCAUGGUUUCUUCCCCAAACCUACUAAUAAACCCAAAACCUAACCUUAUUGACCACCACAUCUCCCACACGUCUACUUCAUACUCUCAUAUUACAGUGCUCGUAUUACAGUGCUUUAGACUGGCAAAACAUGGAAGCUGUAGUUUUAAAAACAUCUGAGGAUCUACCUUUUGGGCAUCCCUGUAUUUAAGGAACUUUCAGAUGCGGACCUUGCAAAGCAUGUCUGUUUAUUCUGCCCUCCAAAAAUACCUACGAUACCCACACAAAGAGUAUUUUGAAUCUAAUACGCUUGCAAAUUGCGCCACAACAUAUGUGAUAUAUAUUAUCGCAUGUAGUUAUGGUUUAUUAUGUUUUGUUAAAACUGAUCAACCAUUUAGGUGUCACAUUUUAUAACAUGAACAUUCUGUGGUUAAUCUCCAUGUAUCUACCCCUAUUGCUAUAUAUUUAAGAGCCGUUCAUGAUGGUGACUUAGCCUUCUUAAAUUCCAAGUUAUUGAGAAAUUGAGGAAUAAUCCUCAAAAAGUGGAUUUAAAUAUUGGUCUUUUGAUAUUAGAAUCCAAGUGGAUAUAUUUCUUUAAAUCUCAGACAUUUAAUGGGUUGAAUGAAGAAUUCAACUUUACUCCCAUUAUACACUGCAUCUGUCAUUCUGCAUAUAAGUGUGUUGUUAAUGGAUCUUUAGUUAUUAGAUUCUUGUACAUAUGUAAAUAACUUAAUAUUUUUGUUUUAGUUACUCUUAUUUGUCAAGAGCCUAUUGUCAUUUCCAAUAUGAACACCACUUGAGCUGUAGUUAAAAUGGAAUAUAUCAAAUUUUCAUCACUAGUGGUUCUGGUUUUAUUCUGUGUCUUUAAUGUCUGUUGACUAUGGUGAAUUAAGUCCAAUUGGGAAAACAACAGAUGAUUGUCAUCUCUUUACUUUUAUAAUUGGCCUACUACAUCCUGAAGUUAUGGUAUUUAAUUCCCGUUCGAUUUAUGGUCUAUUUCCACGCGAAAUGCGUAUCAGGGCUCGGUAUCUUUAGAGUAGAGAAGAGUAGAUUUUAUUAAGAUAGAAAAGUAGGUUUUAUUACCUUUACUUCGAUCUGUAUUCCUUUUCUUCAAUAGCCCUUAGUGAUUGCUUCUAGUCUCGUUUUUUUUUUUUUCAUUUUUUUUUUUACUUUUGUGUAAUGCAUCCCUCUCAUAUCUGUCAGUCCCUACAUUGGCUUCCUAUAAGAUAUAGAGCUCAAUUUAAAAUUCUGGUUCUUGCUUUCAAACCGCUACAUAAUGCUGCUCCCACCUAUCUAUCCUCCCUUAUACACAAGUAUGUCCCGUCUAGGCCCUUACAAUCUGCUGAAGACUUACGUCUCUCUUCUGUCCUUACUUCCACCUCUGAUGCUCGCCUUCAAGAUUUCUUGAGGGCAGUACCGUUCCUGUGGAACUCGCUUCGCUCCUCCGUUAAAUGCUCACCGAGUCUCCACUCCUUCAAAAAAUCAUUAAAAACCCACUUCUUCAUAAAAGCGUAUCAAUUAAACUGUUAAUAGCUCCUGACUGAUUCCUCUUCUGCAACUGUCACUAGUCUAAUACUAUCCUUACCUUUUGUGUCAUUUUACCCCACUCCCUCUAGCAUGUAAGCUCAUUGAGCAGGGCCCUGAACCCCUCUGUUCCUUUGUGUCCAACUUGUCUGGUUACAACUACAUGUCUGUUCGUCCACCCAUUGUAAACUGUUGUGGAAUUUGAUGGCGCUAUAUAAAUACCAUAAUAAUAAUCUUAUCUAUUAUCAGUGAUUUAAUUGUGCUACCCAGACUUUUUAGUCCUUUUUUUUUUUUUUGCCCGGUUUCCCUGUCGUAAAUAUGGUAAUUCAUUAAUUCCGGUAUUUAACAUUUUAUAGUAUUUUAGGAUAUUUGAUUCAUAAAGAGAAUAAAUUACUUGGUUAUGAUUUUCCAAACUGAUUAGUUGCUUAUAUCCAACUCAUUACUAUUUGAAUAUUCCUCUAUACUUUGUAACCUUGGUGGUUUCCAAGACCAUUUAAAAUUCUGAGGUAUCUGGGCAUUUGGAUUGCCGCUAUGUAGAAAUAUAAAACAGUGAUUACACUGUUGCGGUUCAUUGUAUCUGCUGUCAGUUAAUAACAAGCAUUUUACUGUACAACAAAUUCAUUCUCAGGAAUAUUGUUUCAGGCCCCUAAAUAGGUAGUCCAGUACUACUGUGUAAGGAAUACAUGUUUGUAUUGCUAACACUGUUGUGUUCCUUUAAUAAUAGUGGCCGUGUAUGAACCAGGUGCAGUAAUCUGUCAAAAUCUUAAUACUGCCUUUUUGGCAUUAUUUUUUAAAUAUUUUGUUGUGUUCUAUAUUAUCAAAUGUAUCUGCAUUUUGUAGAAUAACCAGUCUAUAAUCAUUUUACCCCACUCCCUCUAGCAUGUAAGCUCAUUGAGCAGGGACCUCAACCCCUCUGUUCCUGUGUGUCCAACUUGUCUGGUUACAACUACAUGUCUGUUCGUCCACCCAUUGUAAAGCAUUGCGGAAUUUGACGGCGCUCUAUAAAUAUCAUAAUAAUAAUAUAAUCUAACCAUUUUUUAUUUAUAGAGCCUGUAUUUCGUGGCAGAGGGUUUGGUGAAGAAUCUGUUCGCCUGAUGUUAUUUUAUGGUAAGUUGAAUUUUUUUGGAAUUAAUUCUGAAGUAUUUAAUGUAACCUCUAUCUCUCUCUUGUGAAGGUGUUACAGCACUGGGAAUCUCCACGUUUGAAGCCAAAAUUGGACUAGAGAAUGUCACAAGUAUUCGGUUGUUCCACAAACUGCAUUUCCAAGAUGUAGGUGAAUCUAUAUCGCUAUACCUACAUGUCUAAUGUCCAACGUAACGCAUCAGUCCACGUGAUAUAUUUUUUCUGUACAUAGGUUUCUCUGAGCCAAGUAUUCCAAGAGAUGACACUAAGGUGGGAAGUGACUGAACCAGAAAGACAGUGGCUGGCUCCCUCAAGUCCUGUGAUGAUGACAACUUACAAAGAAAUCCAAAGAAACAUUAAUAAUUCAAAACUUGGUCAAUCAAGAAGCGACGUCUCUUCAGAUGUCAAAUCUGUAUAGCAGUAACCAUUACCACACGGAGUAAGAACAUUGGUGGGAAUGAAGAUCCAAUAGACGGGAGCUGCUGAUCUCUUAAUCAUAGGAGGAGCAUAAAUAUGCCCCGUAUUGGAGAAUAUCUGUUACAGUAUUUUUAAUUAAAAGUAUAAUUAGUAAUGCAUUUUUUUUAUAGUAAUCUAGAUUGGGAAAAAAAGACUUAUAUUAAUAAUUUUCAACAUUUUGCACAUUUCUGUUCCUGCUCGUCCAAAAAGUAAAAAAAAAACAAAAAACAAUAUAACACAUUUUAUAAUUGUGCCACAAAAAGAGUGGCCAGGAUGCAUCUUGUGUCUGCAAGUUGUCCCCACACAUUAAUUAUAUCCUUAAUUAUAAAAAACUAGCCCUUUUAAAAAACAAUCUCUAUAGAAAUUGAUAAAACAAUCUAUUUAGGAAGAGAAGUCCAUAUUUUGAUUGUUCUUACUGUAGCUAACCCUUUUAUGUAGGUAUAUGAAGGUAAACCCCAUGAAUGUUUAGCAGAAGUUAAAGAGAAUUCUCUUUUCAGAAAGGAAGCAAAUUCAUCUGAUAAACCUGUGUUUGUUGACGGGUCCAGUUUCUAUUCAGAUGGGAAGUACUAUACAGG